UCUGUAUUGGGUCUCAAAGGGUUCUGUUUUUCCCCUCUGCAGCAUCCUUUGACUGUUUUUCGGAUGGGUCUUCAUUAUAAUGGUGCCAUUUUCUGCUACAGCAGAGAUGGUCAAAAACCCAGUUGCCUGCUGAGCUGAACCAAGCCCAGAGAAGUGAAGCUGUGGACGGUCCGAAGAGCUCCAGUUUCAGACGGUGCCAAGUGUCACAGGCUCGCUGAAAGGCAGUUUGCCCUUUCUACAUUGUUUACUUCCCAUGCGAAGCUCACUGCUAGGAUCUAACCUUUAGAUGCUUUCUGAGUAAGAGGAAACUCAAUUAUGAAAUAGCUCUUACGUGACUAGUACACGGUAUCUAGGAUUUAAAGGUCUAGAGUAAAUGGUCUAAAUGUUAUUUUAAAAGGCAAAGAUACUCUCACAUGUCAGGAAAAAAAAAUAUGCCAAAACUCCAAGCUCCACCAGCCACUCUUUCAACAGAAACUUAACUGAUACAGUGGGAUGGAGAAAAUGAGAAGAAUGAUCAUCUAAAAAUCGCCAUUGGUAAAGUGAUGAAGAACAUUCGCUGGCUGAUUCUGAAACUUGUCAAUGUUGCGACUCUUGGCGGCAUAUGGAUUUCUCUGGUACAGUGUACAGUUUUAAACCACUGCCUAAAGUCAUGUGUAACUAACCUGGGACGACAGCUUGACAUUGGCACGACAUACAAUCUGAGUGAACCGUGCAUCCAAGGAUGUCAUUUCUGGAACUCUGUAGAGCAGGAAAACUGUGCUUUAAAAUGUAAUGACACCUAUGCCCCUGUUUGUGAGCGAGAAUCGUGCGAGGUCGGCUGCAGCAGUGCUGAAGGUGCAUUCGAGGAAGAAGUGCUAGAAAAUGCCAAUUUCCCCACUGCACCCUUUGCUUCUUCCAUUGGAAGCCACGGUGUGACCUUACGAUGGAAACCUGCCAACAUCUCUGGAGUAAAAUACAUCAUUCAGUGGAAAUACGCACAACUUCCUGGAAGCUGGACUUAUACUGAGGCUGUGUCCAAGCUCUCAUACGUGGUGGAGCCCCUGCACCCCUUCACUGAGUAUAUUUUCCGAGUGGUCUGGAUCUUCACAGCCCAGCUACAGCUGUAUUCUCCACCAAGUCCCAGUUAUAGGACUCAUCCUUACGGAGUUCCUGAGACUGCGCCUUCCAUUAGAAAUAUUGAGAGCUCGAGUCCAGACACGGUGGAAGUCAGUUGGGAUCCACCCCAAUUCCCAGGAGGACCUAUUUUGGGUUACAACUUAAGGCUGAUCAGCAAAAAUCAACAAUUAGAUUCAGGGACACAGAGAACCAGUUUUCAGUUUUACUCCACUCUACCAAAUACUACCUACAGGUUUUCCAUUGCUGCUGUAAAUGGAGUUGGUGAGGGGCCAGAGGCAGAAUCUGGUAUUUCCACUUUAUCCUCAGCAGUUCAAGAAGAGGAACAGUGGCUCUUUUUAUCCAGAAAAGCUUCUGUAAGAAAGAGAUCUUUAAAACAUUUAGUAGAUGAAGCCCAUUGCCUUCAGUCAGAGGCCAUACACCAUAAUAUUACAGGAAUAUCCGUUAAUGGUCACCAGCAAGUCAUCUAUUUCUCAGAAGGGACUCUCAUAUGGAUGAAAGGGGUUGCCAACAUGUCUGAUGUGUCUGACCUGAGAAUUUUUUACAGAGGUUCAGGAUUAAUUUCUUCCAUCUCCUUAGAUUGGCUUUAUCAGAAAAUGUAUUUCAUCAUGGAUGAACUGGUGUAUGUCUGUGAUUUAGGAAACUGCUCGAACGUUGAGGAAAUUACUCCUCCCUCAAUUACUGCACCUCAGAAAAUUGUGGCUGAUUCGUACAAUGGGUAUGUCUUUUAUCUCCUGAAAGACGGCAUUUAUAGGGCAGCCCUCCCCGUGCCAUCUGGUCGGGACUCAGAAGCCCUACGUAUUGUGGAGAGUUGCACGUUGAAGGACUUUGCAGUGAAGCCCCAGUCCAAACGAAUCAUUUACUUCAACGACACCACUCGUGUCUUCAUGUCGACGUUUCUGGACGGGUCCGCUUCCCACCUUGUCCUAGCUCAUGUCUCCUUUGCUGAUGUGAAGAGCUUUGCCUGUGAAAACUACGACUUCCUUGUCACAGAUGGCAAGGCUGUUUUCCAGCAGGACUCUCUCUCUUUUAAUGAGUUCAUCGUGGGAUGUGACCUGAGCCACAUAGAAGAGUUUGGAUUUGGUAACCUGGUCAUCUCUGGCUCCUAUGCUCAGCCACACCCCCUGCCAGGCCGCCCGCAACAGCUCUCCGUGCUCUUUGGCUCCCACCAGGCCCUGGUUCAGUGGAAGCCCCCUGCCCUUGCCAUAGGAACCAGCCCCUCUGCCUGGCAGAACUGGAUUUAUGAGGUGAAAGUAUCAACUCAAGACUUUCCUGAAAUCACUCAUGUUUUCUCGAACAUCAGUGGGACCACGCUUCAUGUGCCCAAGCUGCAGAGUGCUACGAAAUACGAGGUUUCUGUGAGAGCCAGUUCUCCCAAGGGACCAGGCCCUUGGUCAGAGCCCUCGGUGGGUACAACCCUGGUGCCAGCUUCAGAACCACCAUUUAUCAUGGCUGUGGGAGAAGAUGGUCUUUGGAGUAAACCUCUGAAUAGCUUUGGCCCAGGAAAAUUCUUAUCCUCUGAUAUAGGAAAUGUAUCAGACAUGGAUUGGUAUAACAACAGCCUCUACUACAGCGACAUGAAAGGUGAUGUUUACGUGUGGCUGCUGAAUGGGACGGAUAUCUCAGAAAAUUAUCACAUAUCCAACAUUUCAGGAGCAGGGGCUUUAGCUUUUGACUGGCUGGGUCAGUUUCUCUACUGGGCUGGAAAAACGUAUGUGAUACAAAGGCAGUCUCUGUUGACAGGGAACACAGACAUUGUGACUCAUGUGAAGUUGUUGGUGAAUGACAUGGUAGUGGAUUCAGUUGGAGGUUACCUUUAUUGGACCACACUAUACUCAGUGGAAAGCACCAGGCUAAAUGGAGAAAGUUCCCUUGUACUACAGGCACAGUCUUGGAUUGCUGGGAGAAAGGUAAUUGCUCUAACUUUAGACCUUAGCGAUGGUCUCCUGUAUUGGUUGGUUCAAGACAGUCAAUGUAUUCACCUGUAUGCAGCUGUUCUUCGGGGGCAGAGCUCUGGGGAGACCAACAUCACAGAAUUUGCAGCCUGGAGUACCUCGGAAAUUUCCCAGAACACACUGAUGUACUAUAGUGGUCGCCUCUUCUGGAUUAAUGGCUUUAAGAUUAUCACAGCUCAAGAAAUAGGUCAGAGAGCCAGUGUUUCGGUUUUGGAACCAGCCCCAUUUAAUCAGUUCACAAUUAUUCAGAGUUCCCUCAAGCCUCUGCCAGGCAACUUUUCCAUUACCCCCAAGGUUAUCCCAGAUUCUGUUCAAGAGUCUUCAUUUAGGAUGGAAGGGAAUGCUUCAAGUUUCCAAAUCUUGUGGAAUGCUCCCCCAGCAGUGGAUUGGGGUAUAAUUUUCUACAGUGUGGAAUUCAGUUCUCUGUCUAAGUUCCUGGCUAGUGAACAACAGCUUUCACCUGUAUUUACUGUGGAAGGUCUGGAGCCUUAUGCCUUCUUUAAUCUCUCUGUCACUCCUUAUACAUACUGGGGAAAAGGCCCCAAAACAUCUUUGUCACUUCGAGCACCAGAAACAGUUCCAUCAGCACCACAGAACCCCAGGAUAUUUGUAUUACCAAGUGGAAAAUACCAUAACCAGAAUGAAGUUGUGGUGGAAUUUCGAUGGAAUAAGCCUAAGCAUGAAAACGGUGUGUUAACAAGAUUUGAAAUUUUCUUUCAAAUAUCCAACCAGACAGACACAAAUGAAACAUUCGAAGACUGGAUCGCUGUCAACACAACUCCCUCGGAGAUGUCUUUUCAGCUUGAAGGCAUGAGUCCUGGGUACACUGUUGCCUUCCAGGUUCGAGUCUUCACAUCCAAAGGACCUGGACCAUUUUCUGACAUAGUAAAAUCCAAAACAGCAGAAAUCAAACCAUUUCCAUACCUUGUAACUCUUUUUGACAGCAAGAUAGUUUUAUUAGAUAUGGAUCAAAAUCAAAUUGUAUGGACAUUUUCAACAGAAAGAGACAUCAGUAGCAUGGGCUACACAGCUGAUGACGGAAUGGGGUAUUAUGCUCAAGGAGACUCACUUUACCUUCUGAACAUGCACAACAGGUCCACUUCUGAGAUUUUCCAAGGUACACUGGUUUUUGAUAUCACAAUUAUUACAAUUGACUGGAUUUCAAGGCAUCUCUACUUUGUGCAAAAAGCAUCACAAAAUGGAAUGCAAAUAUUUGAUGUUGAUCUUGAACAUAAGGUGAAAUACCCCAGAAAGCUGAAAAUUUGCAAUAGAAAUUCAACAAUUGUCUCUUUUUCUGUAUAUCCUCUUUUAAGUCGCCUGUAUUGGACAGAAGUUUCAGAUUUUGGCUCUCGGCUGUUCUACUACAGUAUUACCAACCAGACCUUGAAUCGCAUUCUUCCACCUAUAGCCACAAACCAUUCAGAUGGAAGGGGACAGUGUUUUUGUGGUGUUACUCAGUUCGAGUUUAGUGGAACAAUGACGAUUGAUACCUCUGACCCGAAGAAACCACAGAUAUACUUUGUCAAAGGGCAAGAGAUCUGGGCCAUGGAUCUGGAAGGAUGUCGGUGUUGGCAAGUAGUCAUGGUGCCCACUCUGCUUGGAAGAACACUUGAAAGCUUAACUGUGGAUGGGGAAUUUCUUUACUGGAUCUCCUCGGCAAAGGACAGCACGCAGAUUCACCAAGCAAAGAAAAGCAAUGGGGCCAUCCUCUCUCAGGUGAAGGUCCAAAGGAGUAAGCAUAUCUUGGCUUACAGUUCAGCUCUGCAGCCUUUUCCAGAUAAAGCAUUACUGCGUCUAGCUUCAGAUCUAGCAGAGCCGACUAUACUUAACACCAGUAACACCAGCCUCACAAUCAGAUUACCGCCUGCCAGGACCAACCUCUCGUUCCUGGGCAUCACCAACCCAACUCCAACAUACCUGGUUUAUUACAAAGAAGUUAACAGCAGGAAAACCAGCUCUGAGCUGAAAUAUAAAAUGCUGGAGUUUCAAGAGAGGAUAGUCCUACUUGAUGGGUUACAACCAUUUUCAACGUAUGUGAUACAGACAGCUGUAAAGAAUUAUUAUUCAGACCCUCUGGAAUGGUUACCUCUGGGAAAAGAGAUUUGGGGAAAAACUAAAAGUGGAGUGCCAGAGGCAGUCCGGCUCAUUAGCACAACGGUGCAGUCAGACACCAGCCUCACCAUAUCCUGGAGAGAAUCUCAGAAGCCCAAUGGACCUCAAGAGUCAGUCCGCUAUCAGUUGGCAAUCUCACAUCUGGCUCUAAUUCCGGAGACUCCUUUAAGACAAAGUGAAUAUCCAAAUGGAAGACUUGCUCUCCUUGUCACUAGACUUUCCGGUGGAAAACUGUAUGUGUUAAAGGUUCUGGCCUGCCAUGCUGAGGAAAUGUGGUGUGCAGAGAGUCAUCCUGUCACUGUCAAAAUGUUUGACACACCAGAGAAACCUUACGCCUUGGUUCCAGAGAACACUAGUUUGCAGCUCGAUUGGAAGGCUCCUGCUGAUGUUAACCUCACCAGAUUUUGGUUUGAACUCCAGAAGUGGAGGGACAAUGAGUUCUCCCGUGUUAAUGCUUCAUGCAUCCAAGGCCCAGAUUAUGUGUGUAACAUCACAGAUCUACAGCCUUACACGUCCUAUGCUGUCCGUGUAGUGGUGGUUUAUAGGACAGGAGAAAACAGCACCUCACUCCCAGAAAGCUUUAAGACAAAAGCUGGAGUCCCAAGUAAACCAGGCAUUCCAAAAGUAUUAGAAGGGAGCAAAGAUUCAAUACAGUGGGAAAAAGCCGAAGAUAACGGAGGCCGGCUUGUGUACUAUAUCCUUGAGAUCAGAAAGGGCAUUUCAAAUGAUUCACAGAAGCAGAAUUUAAUGUGGAAGAUGGCAUUUAAUGGAUCCUGCAGUAAUAUUUGCCUGUGGAAGACCAAAAACCUGAAAGGAACAUUUCAGUUUAGAGUAGUAGCUGCAAAUAAUCUGGGAUUUGGUGACUACAGUGGAAUCAGUGAGAAUAUUGUAUUAGUUGGAGAUGGUUUUUGGAUACCGGAAACAAGCAUUGUACUUACUAUUAUAAUUGGAAUAUUUCUGGUUGUUACAAUCCCAGUGGUCUUUGUGUGGCACAGAAAAUUAAAAAGUCAAAAAACUCCCAGAGAAGGGCUGACGGGUCUCAUAAACGAAGACAAAGAGUUGGCUGAGCUUCGCGGUCUGGCGGCUGGAGUAGGGCUGGCUAACGCCUGCUAUGCCAUACAUACUCUUCCAACCCAAGAGGAGAUUGAAAGUCUUCCUGCCUUCCCUCGGGAAAGACUGACUCUGCGCCUCCUAUUGGGAAGUGGGGCCUUUGGAGAAGUGUAUGAAGGGACGGCGGUAGACAUCUUAGGAGCUGGAAGUGGAGAAACCAAAGUAGCAGUGAAGACUUUGAAGAAGGGCUCCACAGACCAAGAGAAGAUCGAAUUCCUAAAAGAGGCACAUCUGAUGAGCAAAUUUAACCACCCCAACAUCCUGAAGCAGCUUGGAGUUUGUCUGCUCAACGAACCCCAAUACAUUAUCCUGGAGCUGAUGGAAGGAGGAGACCUUCUUACCUAUUUGCGUAAAGCCCGGAUGACAAAGUUUCAUGGUCCUUUACUCACCUUGGUUGACCUUGUAGAUCUGUGUGUAGAUAUUUCAAAAGGUUGUGUCUACUUGGAGCAGAUGCAUUUCAUUCACAGGGAUCUGGCAGCUCGGAAUUGUCUUGUGUCUGUGAAAGACUACACCAGUCCAUCAAGGGUAGUGAAGAUUGGGGACUUCGGACUCGCAAGGGACAUCUAUAAAAAUGAUUACUAUAGAAAGACAGGGGAAGGCCUACUCCCAGUUCGGUGGAUGGCUCCAGAAAGUUUGAUGGAUGGAAUCUUCACUACUCAGUCUGACGUAUGGUCUUUUGGAAUUCUGAUUUGGGAGAUUUUAACUCUUGGUCACCAGCCUUAUCCAACUCAUUCCAACCUUGAUGUUUUAAACUAUGUGCAAACAGGAGGGAGACUGGAGCCACCAAGAAAUUGUCCUGAUGAUUUGUGGAAUUUGUUGACCCAGUGCUGGGCUCAAGAACCUGACCAAAGACCUGCUUUCCACAAAAUCCAAGACCAGCUUCAGUUAUUCAGAAAUGUUUCGUUAAGUGGUAUUUCUCAAUACAGAGAAGAAGCAGACCACAGUGGAGUCAUAAAUGAAGGCUUUGAAGAUGAAGAUGCCAGUGCGAUCUGUUUGAAUUCAGGUGAUGUGAUGUCGAUAGCCUUAAUGGAAACCAAGAACCAAGAAGGGUUAAACUAUAUGGUACUUGCUACAGGAUGUAGCCAAGGAGAAGAAAAUUCUGAGGGUCCUCUAGGCUCUGAGGAAUCUGAAUCUUGUGGUCUGAGGAAAGAAGAGAAGGAACCACAUGCGGACAAAGCUCUCUGCCAAGAAAAACAAGUGGCUUACUGCCCUCCUGGCAAGGCUGAAGGCCUGAACUAUGCUCGUCUCACUCACAGUGGCUCUAGAGCUGGGUCUGAUUAAUAGCUCUGUUUGGGAAAUGCAGAGUUGAGAUAAACUCUCCCAUUAAGCAGUUACUGAAAGAAAAGUCUAGUAGGAUGAUAGACGUGAUGGUAGUCUAUGAUCCAAAUUAACACUGGAAAGUUCCGGAAUUCCUGAAUUCUUGGUUUGAAGAGCCAUUUGAAUUCAGUUGUGACAAUCCCCAUAACAACUGCUUAACCUUCAGCAGAAUUCCCAAGUAAACCUCUAAACGUUUGGAAAGCUUAGGAAGAUCCGACUCUGGAAGGGAAAGUGCCCCACCCCCACCCAGGCUCCUUAGUCCAUUGCCCACCCUUCAGUCUGGGCUGUGCCAGAAGCAUCUUGGUUAGAUGGUGAGAGACAAAAUAGCUAUGUACAGAAGGAACCAGCACUUAGGACAUGGAAAUCAUUUGGAAUGCUAUUACUGCAAUAAAAUACUGUCUUUAAUGAUGAUCCUAAAGUAUUUUGUAUUUUGGAAGCUUGGAAGAGCAGCUUCAAUCGUACUGAAAAUAGGACCAUGAAGAGAGCUCUAAGUCCUAAAGUUUAGCAUUCCACAAACUUUGGGUUAUGGAAAAAUCGCUCUGUGACUUGUGUGCUGCAAUGGAAAUUAGCUAAUAUAAAGGUCAUUUUCAUUUCCCUUAUCUGUCUUAUACAUGAAAUACUUAAGAUUACAUUUAGUAUCAAUUCUCCUUAAAACUAAAUAUAGAAGAUUAUAUGAUGCUAAUUUAAGCUUUCUGAUGUUUAGCACCUACAUGAAAUAAUAGAUAUCUAAAUGGGAUCUAUUAAAAAUUUUCUUUGAAGAAA